AUGGUUGAACUACAGCCGAUAUUCAAAAAGGCCUAUUGGUCAUUGGCCAUUGCUGGCCUCAUAUACGUAUCUAUCAUCUUCUCCUUGACCUUUCCAACUAUCCAACGUUUCGCGCUAUAUGCUCAUAUGCUUAAUCCAACUAUCUGGGAGAAUGUCAACGAUGUAGAGAACUUCGGGUUCCUGAGAACGCAGGUACAGCCAUUCAACCUCACCACGCCAGACGGCGAGACCAUCUACGCCUGGCAUAUGCUACCAAUUCACCUGUGCCGCGAACACGAGGAACUCCUUAAUGCAAAUGAGCCUUUUGGCCCAGCCGAGGAUGUUACUCAGACCGCCGCGUUCAAGCUUCUAGCUGAAGAUCCGAAUGCGAGGGUAGUCGUGAGCUUUCACGGAAAUGCCGGACAUAUCGGAUUCGAACUGCGUUCAGACGGCUAUCGCAUGGGUCUAGGCAUUUCAACACCUCAGAAUCCAGUACAUGUCUUCGCCAUAGACUACCGUGGGUUCGGACUCUCCACGGGCUUCCCGACCGAGGAAGGAGUCAUCACAGAUGCUGUAACGCUUCUCAACUUCCUCACUUCUCCACCUCUUAAUAUCCCACCGUCUCGGAUCGUCAUCAUCGGUCAGAGUCUCGGGACCGCAGUGACUGCUGCAGUGGCGGAGCGCUUCGCAUUCGGCUCGCCAGACCCGAAGGCCGUUCAACCAGCAAUCAAAGACCCUGAGCCUUUCGCUGGCAUUAUCCUCCUCGCAUCGUUCAGUAACAUUCCUAAACUGAUCGAGUCGUACAGUCUUAAGGGUCUCACUCCGCCCAUGCUGUCUCCGUUGGUCGGAUACCCCCCAGCUCAGAAGUAUGCACUCGACCACAUCGUCGACCGCUGGGAUACGGCUUCUCGCCUUGCUCGUCUGACUGGGAUUGUUCAGAACGAGUCCGACUCUGCCUAUGCAGACAAGGAGCUCGACCUCGCCAUUAUUCAUGCUCGGGACGACUACGAGAUUCCCUGGAGGGAGGGUCGACGUAAUUGGAUUGCAGCUACAAGAGAGGGUCUUCAGGAUGCACCUGGGGACAUCGUUUAUCAGAGAAUAGCGGAGGAUGGUCGUACUGAAAUUAAGAUCUGGGAGAGGCCUGUCUCUGGAUCCUCGAAGGGAACAGGAAAGAAGAAAGUGAAGAGGGUUAGGUGGGAAAGAGUUGGUUAUGGGGGUCAUAAUCGCAUCGCAACGUACUCCGUGGCCUCUCUCGCGAUUCUGAGAGCAUUUGAAGAGUGA